AUCAAUGUUGUUAUCCCGGCUUAUGUCGCGGGAACUGUAACUAUACACACAUUUUACAAUAAAGCGCUAUUGAGCCUUCUUUUCUAAUGAAUUGGGGAGUUUUGUUUUCGUGCAACAUAACCCGAAUUACAUCCAACUACUGAAUGAUAAUCGUCUGGUCGAUCCUGGUCGACUAGUGACUGUGACUGGCGAGGUAGCUAGCUUUGUCCUUCAGGAAGCAUACAGAUGGCGUCUCAUCGAAUGACCAAUGAGGAGCUUGACGAACAGUUUGAGCAGUUCUUGAAGGAGUCUUUUUCAGAUGAGUCUGGAGAUGUGGGUGGAUCUGCUAAGAGGACCAGUGUUCUGGAUAGCCUGGGGAAGACCAGUAGCCAGAGGCCAGCCAAGAAAGCUGCCAUUAGCUCCCGGCCGUGGUGGCAAGAUGAGGACUAUGAUGAUAACGCUGGAGGAACUGGGAGAGGAAAUACAUUUGGCAAGGGUAGAUUUAUAAAGGUCAAAAAGCCAGGGGCUGAAAACACUGAGGAUGACGACAAGCCAGGCCUACCGCAACAGGCGGUCAGCCCAGAGCCCCCUUAUAAGCCCAUCCCCAAACCGCGCAACACCAAAGCUGUAAUGCAGAAACCCAAGCAGGAGGCUCCUCAAAGGGAGUCCUGGCGUUCAGACGGAGACUCCAGAUCUGGUAGUCAGGGGAGCGUCACACAAACAAGAAGCUCCCAUAGCCCACCAGGAGAUGCUUCUCCCAAUAAGUUGAGCUCUUGCGAUGAAACGCUACCGGACAGGGAAAGCGAAUCCCAAUGCAGCGAUGAAGAUGGGUCAUCCAGGAGAUCAUUCCAGAAGUCUUCCAGGAAAUCCCAGCCAAUCAGAGAGGAGGAGGAAGAAGAGUUUCUAGGUCAAAUGGCCUUCAGCGACGAGGAGCGCCAACAAGGUGUGCCCAGCAGGGUUAGACAAGAGCCUGAGGACUCAAUGCUGGCAUCGGGGCCUGACCUGACCCCAGGAGGGCCGGGCUUGGAGACCCUGGAGGAGGAGGAAGAGAAGGCCCGCUUCUUUGCACGGCUGGAGGCGGGGGCCUCGUCCACCCUGGACUACUCCCGCCUCAACAGAGACCUGGACUCCCCGAGAUCCACCCCCGCCCAGAGCCUUAGGAAACCAGAGGAGGCCGGGGAGGGAUCUGAGGAGGAUGAAAAGCCAGCCACUGAAGGGAUCUCUCAAGCGUGUGCAGACUCCCCCGACUACAGUGAUAACUUUGAAGAAGACGAGAAAGAGAAGGAGCCUGUAGAGACGAUGCCACCAAUAUCUUCCUUGGAUGUCAAAGGAUCUCUCUACGAUUCUCUUGACUCUAACGACAGAAGGACCCCGUCCACGCAGCUACGAGGGAAGGACCCGGCCUUCUCGUCGGACAAAGGUCAGUCUUAUGGACAGAGCUGUGGUAGUGAGAUGGAGGCUCUCCAAGAGGCCUACAGACAGAUAAGCGAUGCUCCGGGCGUCCCGGAGGAUAGGGUAGACGGCCGGCGCAGCAGACCCUCUACCUCUGCCUCCCCCCUGGAACAGUCCCGGGGAGACCUCCUCCCAGCCUCUACCAACGGGUCGGAGCUGCCCACCGCUGAAGAGCUGAUGAGGCCGAUCCGACCGGAGACAAGCGACUACAUCCGAGGCUUCCCCCUCAAGCCCAGCAGCCGCUCAGGGACGGGCCUGGACCUGAGGCCUGGCAGCGCUGAGCCGAGGCACGCGGGCGUGAAGUCGGGCCCUGUGGCAGAGCCGUGGCGAGAACGGGGGUCCUCCGGGUCCCUGUCCCCAGACACCCCUCUCCGCAGGCAGCCGCUGAGCAUCAGAGAGGAGGUGGAGCGGCUGAUGGAAGACCAGGACCGGGAACACCACAGCCAGAGUCCCAUCCCAUCCACACAGGCCAGCAGAGCUAAGCAGAAGCCCCGUGGUGGCACCGCCGGCCGGCCCUCUCUGUCGUCCACCAGGAAGUCAACGGUAACCUCCGCCCUGCGGGGUUCCAAGGCCAAGGAGGAGGGCCGCUCCGCCAUGGCCUGCAGGUUCUCCAGACCCAACAGGCCCACGGUCAAGGGGAAAGCGUCUCCGCCUCCCACCCAGAGGAAGCCAGUCGCUCGGGUGCAACACAGCCCCCCGCCAAUCAAGGGAAUCCCUGAGAACGCAGGUCUUCAGGUGAGCGGCGACCUGGUCGCGUCCGUCCAGUCCUUCGCCGCCUUCCUCCAACAGCAGGUCGGCCCCGCUGGACCGCAGGUCGCCACGGCUACCUGGGAUGUCAACGCUCGCAGAGACGUGGCCACAGGAGUCAAGGGGCUUUCAGACAGCAAUGUUGAGGAGGGCUCUAUGGUCCAGGGACUUGCCCACAAGGAAAUAGACCACCUGUCCCACAAGCAGAUAGACCAUCCUUCCCAGAAGGAGAGAGACCUUGCCCAGAGGGAGAGAGACCUGGCCCAGAGGGAGAGAGACCUUCACCUGAGACUGGAGGAGGUGGAGAUGCAGCACAGGGAAGACCUCGGUGCUGUCAAACAGGAGAACUAUGUUCUGCAGAGCAAGCUGCGCAAGGCCGAGUCCAGCCAGGGGGGCCAGCGGUGGGGUGAGGCUGCAGACCCGAUGACCAUGGACAGGCUCCAACUCCUGGAGAAGGAAGUGCAGCAGCAAGAGACCAUCAUCCAGGGGUACCACAAGGAAAACGAAAAGCUUUGCUGGGAGAUGAAGGCCCAGCAGACUAGGAGUAGAGCCACAGAAGAGGCCAUGUUUGCAGAGAACCAGAGGUUGCUGAACGAGCUACGGCUUGCAAAAGAGCAGCUGAAGAACAUGCCAGGGACGCCACUGAAUGCCUGCCCAAUGGAGCACACCCAGCGCAUCACAGAGCUCCUGACUCACAUGGAGGUUAUUCAGAAGAGCGAAGCCAAGUGGUCAGAGGAGAGCCGCAGCCUCCGGCAGCAGAAGCAGGCCCUGGAGGUGGACCUCCAGCUGAUGAAGAAGGAGAGAGACCUGCUGAAGGCCCAGGUUCUCUCAUCCUCAGGUGACCCCGGCGCUGUGCUGGGCGUGCGGGGGGACGGCCACAGAGAGGAGGUGGCCGUGCUGCAGAAGAAGCUCCACUGGUACGCUGAGAACCAGCAGCUCCUGGACCGCGAUGCCGCCCGGCUGAGGGCCGCCAGCGACGAGACCCGGCAGCUCAAGGAUCAGUUAGAAAACCUAAAGAUAGAGGUGAGGAAAAGCAGCAGUCAGCAACACACCAAGGCCAAGGAGAAGACCGGAGACGCUAAAAAGAUCCAGGCCUUGGAGCGACAGGUCAAGGUAAUGGAGGACCUCCUGCGACGGCGCCAGCCCAACUCCCUCCCCGCCCUGAUCUACGCCGCCGCCUCAGCGAGCGGCCCGGGCGGCGAAGACCCCACGACGACCGCCACGCCCACUCUGGUCACCGGCCUAUUGGAGCGCAAGGUGGAGCGUCUGGAGGCGGAGCUGGACGGUCAUAAGGAGGAGGCCAAGCGGGGCCUGCGAGCCAUGGAGCAACAGUUCCAGAGGAUCAAGCUCAACUAUGAGCAGCAGAUCUCCGAGCUGGAGCAGAAGCUGGUCCAGAGGCAGAACCCGGAGGGGGCGGCCCCCCCGCCCUGCCCCUCCUCCGGGGGCGGCGAGCAGCAGGGUGUGACGGAGGCGCAGCGCAGCGUGGAGCUGGCCCUGCAGGAACAGAUCCAGUCACUCCAACAGCAGCUCUCCAGAAAGGCCCCGCCCCCGGAGCCAGAGCGGGCCCCGCCCCCGGAGCCAGAGCGGGCCCCGCCCCCGGAGCCAGAGCGGGCCCGGCGCAGCCCGUCCCGCCACCAGGUCCAGAGCGAGGCGGCCUUCGGGGCCCGCAUCGAGCGGCUCACGCAGGAGCUGGCGGCGAAGACCCGCUCGGUGCAGGAGCUGAGCCGCACCGUGGAGCGCCUGCAGAGGGAGAGGAAGGGCCUGCUGUCGGGCUCCUGGUCCCGAGAGGCGCGCCCGGCCAACGCCAACGCCGCCGCCAGACCCAGGGCCGCGGCGUCCGGCGAUGCCCGGGUGGGCGGGGCCGGCGUAGGCGGAGGGGGAGACGAGGCGGGUGCGGGGGAGGUGGAGGAGAGGUUCCCGGCCGCGCAGUACGAGAAGACGUACCGGCCCGACGCCUUCGCCGGCAGCCACAUCACGGAGGUGCUGGAGGAGAACCAGGCUCUGCGAGAGCAGCUGGGGAGGCUGGAGGAGCGGCCCGACGCAGGGGAGCCCCACGGAGCCCUGGCCCAGGCCCGGGAGGAGCUCUGCAGGCUGAAGGAGAGCACGGCGGAGCAGCUCUCCUCCCUGGUGGCUCAGCAGCGUCUGGAGAUGGACCAGCUCCGGGCCGGCCACGCCCAGGACCACUCCUCAUCCCGGGUGGCCCAGCUCUCCAACAGGCUCAACACCCAGGAGAUCGUGGUGCAGCAUUUGAAAGAGCAGUUGAAAGACUUUAAGGCAACCAAGGACACACUGGCGGUGUCCAAAAUACGAGAGGAAACGCUGCAAACUCAGCUAACCAGGCUGCUGGAAGAGCUGAGGCAGGCCAGAGAGGCCCACAGCCCCGAGCUGAGGCACCUCCACGGCCUGGAGGCCAAGAUUUGCAGCAUGGAGCUCAGACACACCCAGCGGGAGGACCAGCUGAAGCAGCUCAUAUGCCAGACCAGGCAGGUGGUGGAGUCAGAGCAGCACUCGGAGGUGGAGCGCUGGAAGGGUCUGGCCCAGGGGAGGAGCAGGGAGGUGGAGGCCUUCCGCCUGGAGCUGGACUCCAUCCUGGACGUCCUGCGGGAGCUGCGCAGGCAAGGGGUGGUGUUCCCCAGCCCGGAAUCCCACCUCCACACCCCCUUCACCUGGAAGAGCUGAUGACUCGCACACAUACAGAGCCACACGUUUCACAAUCGCAUUCAUGGUUGUUACAGUUUCACAAAGACUUGCUCAAAAUCCUACCGAGGUCAUCCUAACCACAUUUAUCCCUAAACAGCAGUAACAGUGCCUGUGUGUGUGAUUCAUGAUUUUACAAUCAUGGAUGAGUUUUAUGACUCACACUACUUGGAAACGUCCUUCAUCUGUGUGUGUGCCUUUGUGUCUGGAACAUUUUCUAAUAUUUCUUGACAACUUCAAUACAAAUUGAAGUAUAUAAAAUACUUUAGUAUUUAUUUUAUUUACUGAAACGCCAAUAAAAUAUGUCCUUCAAAUGGUGUUUUUUUUUUUGCAUGAGUUCAACUAGUUUGUAUCCAAUGAUGUGAAUUUAUUGAAGAUUUUUCGACAAUUUCUGUUGCCUGGUUUACAGUGCUCUACACCCUUGGAGCAUCAAAGGUUUUGUAGAGUAGUAUGUGUCGUCCGGAUCCGUCGUCGUCGUCGUCGUUGCCCCCCCUCCCCCCGCGCUAAAAGGGUCCCCUCGCAAACGCGCUCCUAUCCAUCAUGUGCGUGUAUCCUAGUAGCAGCAGCCUAGGGAAGGGGUGUCGGGAUUAUAACGAUGCAUGCUUUCCAUAAAUCCCCUCACUCUACUCCAUCUCCGUGAACUGGCUCGACUUGUUUUUGUUUUCCACUCUUUGUAAGGAUGAGUGACUCUAAUCGUUUGAACGGGACCGUAAGAUCGCUGGACCCGGGCUAUGAGUGGAGAUAUGAGUACUACGACUACGAGGAUCCUGUGUCUUUUGAGGGGCUUGCAGCGCAUCGGUGUAAGUAGGAACCAACACGCCCGGUUUGGUGUGCGCUGGAGAUUUGUGCUUGUUUUAACACACGAUGCUUAUUCAAUGUUUAAUGCGUUUCAUCUUGGGUGUGACUGUGAUCACUAGUGUGUGUCGGAAAACUUUCGUUGUUUGAUCAGUUUAUUUCAGGGGGGUUUAGGUAGACUCCCUUAUGGAGGCUUUUCCUCCAUGAGGGAGCCUGCAUUCAGCAGGCUUCAUGAGAGCCUGGUCAAGCUCCUUACUUAGCUCUACUCCAGAACUUCUAACUCUUUGGAUGUUAUAUGUUAUAAUAAUAAUAAUAAUAAUAAUAAUAAUAAUAAUAUUAGAGACAAUACAAUUUUAAUUAAACUGAUUUUUGUCCCAAACUACAUUACUUAUACUAUUAGCAGAUGAUUUUGUCCAAAGCAACUUCAAAAAAGUGCAUUCACAAUGAAGAUAUAACCCAAAAAGUGAAAGAAUAAAAAAAAAAAAAAGCGUUUAGUGCUUCAAUAUUGAAAAUAAAUAAAUAAUAAUGUAUAUAUAUAUAGUGGGAAUUAAUUUAAUUCCCACCACGAAAGAUGUACAGGUCUGUGCAUUAAAAGUGGAAUUAUACUACUCUUUUAUGUUGAUUAGGCUAAUGAUUAUAGUGAGUAGCUACUUCACUUUUGAUACUUAAACAUAAUUGUGUAGGCUAUAUUGAGUACUUCAAUACAUUGGAAUCGUUGUUAAUGCAUAAUGUUAACAACUUUAACAAAGCACCUGUUUUUGCGUCUUAACCCUGUGUAUUUGUUGCCCUUUAGCUAUCGAAAUGUUUGCCCCUUUGUCACAUAGGGGUCUGUUUUCCAUACAGACUCUAUUGUGAUUGUCUUCUGGGUUGGCCUGGCUGUUUUUGUCAUCUUUAUGUUCUUUGUUCUGACUCUGCUGGCUAAGACCCGAGCUCCACAUCCUGAGUGAGUACCCUCACAGCACCCAUCACUUCCCAACCGUAAUUCAUGAAAUUCUGAACACAGCAUGCCUCAGUCACAAGUGCCCCUUCUACAAUGAAAGAAAAAUCCAUUUAAAUUUCAACAUAUUUUUGAGAAAAGUUUUAGUCUGGCGACGAACAAAGCCGUGACUCUCUGAAUCACAAGACACGCGUUUCCUCAACUUUUGUCAGUGUCUCACAUCUGUACUCCUGUCAUCACAGGGAGCGUAGAGGCCAAUCAUCCUAUUUGGCAUUAUUUGCUAAAAGUAAAAAUUGCACUCACAUACAUAUAUUUCACUCAACUGGAAGACAAUGAGCUGACAAUUACCGAUGAUGAAACUGAUGAUCCCUCUUUUGUGUUUGCAUAGAAGCAGAGAAGCUGUAGUGACGCGCAGAGCACAUCUGCCUGGCUGCAUGGAGCAGCUGAACCUAAACGUGCUCCAACACAAUGCGCCCUUCACCUCCGAGCCAACCCUGCAGGACACCUCCCGCUCUCUCCUCCCCUGUCUGGUUCAUGAGGAGGAGAGAGGCAGACCGGGAAGCUCCGCGACCACAGGACCCUGUGGCCCCGGAGCUGGAGCAGCUAACAGGGACCUCAGGGUCGGACUGAUGGGUGGCCGGGGAGCCGCGUGCGAUGGACCCCCAGACCUGUCCUCGGGCCCUGCAGCAGCCUUAGGUACUGGUGUGUUGACCAGAGAGACCCCGGAGAACUUUGAUAUUCCGAACGUUGUGCACUAGGUUUGGAGAGUGCAACCCGAGCUUUGAUAUGGACAGGUGUCGCGAGGGGACGAUGGAGCUGCCAAUCAUCUUGGAAGGGAGGGGUCAAGGGCGUGGCAGGCAAUGUUUGGCCCGGGAUCCCUCCCUCAGAAUCAACUACUUCAUUACGUUUAGCUCAAAACCUAUUACUGUUUGGUUCUGGUCCACCUCACUAGCCCAUAGCACUAGUUCCCAGAUCACCGCAAUAGCCCAUAGCACUAGUUGACGUGUGCGUCUAACAAUCAUAGUGCUUGACAUGUGUUUGCUACAAAAGCUGAAUGUUAAUUGGUAUUGACCACUCAUAACAUGCAUUUUUAUGUUUGGCCUUUGUAUUUCCUCAGUGAGUAAUACUUUCAUGAUUUAUGGAUGAAUAGUAAAAUCCUUUGACUUUUCAGUCUUGAAUAGCCGGCAAUAGUGAUGUUACGUGCUAACCUCCGUUUGUGACUGUGUGAGAAUGAAGGAUAUAUCGGAUUGAAGGAAAGAUAGACACAAGGUGGUUUUUAGACACAACUCCGGUGUUAUUAUUAUUCUGCUGUGGGAUUGCUCAAAUGUACAAUGGUUUUCACGUGGAAGAGAUACAGGCAAUAAGGGGACAACAUAUUACCCCUGCCUUUCCUACAGAAAAUACAGUAUUAAAUAAAAUGCUUAUACAUGUCAUAUACCACGCACUUUCACACAUCCUAAAAACUGUAUUGCAACUCAUUCAGGAUAAAUAUGGAACAUUUCUAUCUUGUGCCAUAGAAGAGAAUGGCCACAAUAUAUAGAAAAUAACAACAGUAAACGACCACAGCACUGCAUGUCAAAGGCAAUCCCCAUAGCAACAGAACCGUUCCAAUGCUUAGCUGAAAAAGACAGUGGCUUUGGAAACGCUCAUUGCAGAGGCAGUAAUGGGUUUUGACUUUGGUUUGGGGAAGAAUAAGAUUGUUCUGGUCUGGUUUAAACAUUUUAUCAUUUUACGUGAAUUGAACAGUUCAGAGAAACUAUACAUUGCUCAUUUUAAAACCUGUUAUGUCAUUUGGCAAAGUACGUAACAAUAUGUUAAAGGAGGAUGGAACAAAAGCAUAUGUGGUACAUAUGUGCUUGCAUGUAUUGCCUUUGACACUCAUGGCAAGAGUCGUGGUAAUGACCAUGAACUAUUCUUAAAAUCCUUACUCAAAGCCGCCAACAAUAGGGAAA